UUAAAAACAUUUUCUUUUCCUUGAGAAAACCCCACUCCUCUUUCUUCCCCUCCUCUCUCUCUCUCUCACACCCACACACACAAACAAUGGAUCGAACUCAGCUUCUUCUGGUGGGAUUACCCCUUUUCCUAUUCAUCUCCGAUCUUUUCAAUCUUUUUACUCCGCCCCCUCAAAAACCCUCUUCCGAUCACCACCACCACCAUCAACUGCCGUCAGUUAUCCAACAACAACCACCUCAGACUCUUGAUUUCCCUACUCAGAAAACUGCUGGUAUUGGUGCAGUUGGUAUUGGUAACACCGUCAGCAUUGAUUUCUGCUCUUCAUGUUCUUUCAGAGGGACAGCUGUGACAAUGAAAAACAUGUUGGAAAAUCAGUUUCCUGGUGUCCAUGUCGUCCUUGCUAACUAUCCUCCUCCACUUCCAAAACGUUUGUUGAGCAAAGUAGUACCCGUUUUUCAAUUUGGCGUCAUUGGCCUUGUAAUGGGUGGCGAACAAAUAUUUCCUAGGUUGGGAUUUGCUGUACCACCUCCAUGGUUCUAUCACUUGCGUGCUAACAGAUUCGGAACUAUGGCAACCACUUGGCUCCUGGGAAAUUUCUUUCAGUCCAUGCUGCAAAGCUCUGGUGCUUUUGAAGUGUAUUGUAAUGGUGAACUGGUAUUCUCUAAACUGAAAGAGAAUAGGUUUCCUGGCGAAAUUGAGCUGAAAGAUCUAGUUGGCAGAAGGAUUGCUAACCCAAGGGUAGUGGAUGGACUUGGUGCAUCUUCCUGGUCGUAGAAGUGGAGAUUUCACUUUGUUCCACAUUACCUUAGAGUUCUUUACCUUGUGGUCUUCCAUUGUAAUAGACAUACAGGUCCAACAGCAUCUUCUUUAGAAAUUGUUGAUUCGCGGUUAGAUAGUAAAACUUUUUGCAAAGAAACUUUCAACUCUAGGGACUGGAUCUGGUAUUGAUCAAUCUCUUGAAGGUUUUUCCUCCCACAAAUCUUUGUGACAUUUGACUUGUAUAUUGUAUAAACACUUUCUCCCGCAAAUCCAACAGUAUUUAGUAGAAGCUUGAAUGGAUAAUAUGCUUAAUUGUCAUUAGA